AUCGAUGAUCGCAAGUUCCUUUUUGCGGCUUUCAAUCUUGUUCCUUCGCUUAAAGUAGUAACACUCAUAUGUAAAGUCGCAAACCUUCGCAAAUAAAAUGCAACUGCAGUUAGUUGCACCAGUAACGGUGCUUUUAUCCUUUUGCCUUGUGUCGGGAACCGAACGGCAUGGUCAAGAUCCGUUCAACGAUGAAUUCUUGCGCAAAGUGCUUGCACGUGCACGCAGCUGGAAACCAGAUACAAACUUCCAAUCAAACGUCCAUUUUCAUACUUUCCGAUCGCUGAAAGGCAUCGGAGAAAGCAGAACCGGAUUCAAGGUACCGAUCAGACGGUACGAAUAUGUGUACGACAUCGAUAUUCCCGAAUCGUUCGAUGCGCGAAACCAAUGGCCGAACUGUGAUUCGCUGCAUGAAAUCCGCAACCAAGGUACGUGCGGAUCUUGUUGGGCCGUCGCUGCUGCCAGUGUUAUGUCCGACCGUGUCUGCAUCCAUUCGAAUGGAACCAAUAACGUAGCGCUGGCCGCCGAAGAUCUUAUGGGUUGCUGUGCUGACUGUGGCAAUGGGUGCAAUGGCGGCUUCCUGGAUGGAACCAGCUUUCAGUACUGGGUAGACGCAGGACUGGUGAGCGGUGGGGCGUACAAUUCUACCGACGGCUGCAAACCCUAUCCGUUCAAACCGUGCGAAUAUCCUUUCAAUGAGUGCCACGUGGAAGUUUCACCCAAAUGUACGCACCACUGUCGAGACGGAGCUGAUCGGCACUAUUCGAAGGAUAAGCUUUUUGGCAAGGUUGCCUACAGUGUGCCACGCGACGAGCGUGCCAUUCGGUACGAAAUUAUGACCAACGGACCAGUGGAGGCCGGCUUCGACGUGUACGAAGACGUGCUGCUGUACAAGUCCGGUGUCUACCGUCACGUGUACGGCGAGAAGAUCGGCAAGCAUGCGGUCCGGAUCAUUGGAUGGGGCAGGGAGGGAGGACUUCCGUACUGGCUGAUAGCGAACUCGUACGGCGAAGAUUGGGGAGACCAUGGAUAUUUCAAGUUCGUGCGAGGGUCCAAUCACUUGGGCAUCGAGUCGAAGGUCAUAACUGGUUUGCCGCAGGUAUGAUAAAACACCAAACAUGAAAUAUGUAACUGUAAUCCCGUAAAUACUUCGACCCAGACAGACACUUUCUGUGCAUGUAAUAAAAUUUCUUUCACUGAGAA